UUGGUUUCGCGCGGCGACUUCAACAUGGCCGAAGCGCGCAGCAGCGACGCAGACGGCGGCUGUGAGGGAGAGGGGCCGCCCCGGGAGUCCGUGCCCCCCGGCACCACCGUGCCCAGGGUGAAGCUCCUCGACACUCUGGUGGAUACCUUCCUCCAGAAGCUGGUCGCCGCCGGGAGCUACCAGAGAUUCACCGACUGUUACAAGCGCCUCUACCAGCUGCAGCCUGAGAUGACGCAACGAAUCUACGACAAGUUUAUCACCCAGUUGCAGACGUCUGUCCGGGAGGAAAUCUCCGAAAUCAAAGCAGAGGGGAACCUGGAAGCCGUCUUGAAUGCCUUGGACAAGAUCGUGGAAGACCGCAAGGACCAGGAGGAGCCGGCCUGGCGCCCGAGCGGGAACCCGGAGGCGGACCUGCGCAGUGCCCUGGUGCCCUACUUCCGGCAGCAGCGGGACGCCUUGCAGCGGCACGUGCGCAAACAGGAGGCGGAGAACAGGCGGCUGGCGGAGGCCGUGGUGGCCGGGCGCCAGCAGGUGCAGGAGCUCCAGCGGCGGGGCCAGGCCCGGCAGCAGGCCUGGCAGGCCCUGCACAGAGAACAGAAGGAGCUGGUGGCUGUGCUGGGGGAGCCGGAGUGAGGAGGCGACGGCCGGACCAGGAGCAGAGGGCCGUCGAGGUCGAGGGCCUGGCCUCCGAGAACCACUGGCAUGGUGCCCAGUCCCUGAGUGGGGAUGGAAUUAGCUGGAGGAUGAGGCUUGUCUGUCCUGCUUUGGGGGCUCCCCUGGGGUCCCCCCCAACACACACACACACACUUCAGAUUCUUCCCUGUUUUCUUGUAACUAGGACUGUUGGGCAGCUCCAAUCCCAGGAGUCGUUCCCUGCCUGCUCCUGAGCCCCUCCCCUCCCCCCGCCCCACCCCCCCGCUCGGGGAGUCUGUGUUCAUUCUCCACUGAUUGCCCCCUUGCUGGCCAGCCUGAGGACCCGUGCCACGUUCUCCCCAUAUCCGUAAAUAAACUUCCUGCACUUCCUACA